AUGGAGUGUACUGAGUGUGUCUGCGUCAUGGAGUGUACCGAGUGUGUCUGCGUCAUGGAGUGUACCGAGUGUGUCUGCGUCAUGCAGUGUACUGAGUGUGUCUGUGUCAUGCAGUGUACUGAGUGUGUCUGCGUCAUGCAGUGUACUGAGUGUGUCUGCGUCAUGGAGUGUACCGAGUGUGUCUGCGUCAUGGAGUGUACCGAGUGUGUCUGCGUCAUGCAGUGUACUGAGUGUGUCUGCGUCAUGCAGUGUACUGAGUGUGUCUGCGUCAUGGAGUGUACCGAGUGUGUCUGCGUCAUGGAGUGUACCGAGUGUGUCUGCGUCAUGCAGUGUACUGAGUGUGUCUGUGUCAUGCAGUGUACUGAGUGUGUCUGCGUCAUGCAGUGUACUGAGUGUGUCUGCGUCAUGGAGUGUACCGAGUGUGUCUGCGUCAUGGAGUGUACCGAGUGUGUCUGCGUCAUGCAGUGUACUGAGUGUGUCUGUGUCAUGCAGUGUACUGAGUGUGUCUGCGUCAUGCAGUGUACUGAGUGUGUCUGCGUCAUGCAGUGUACUGAGUGUGUCUGCGUCAUGCAGUGUACUGAGUGUGUCUGCGUCAUGCAGUGUACCGAGUGUGUCUGCGUCAUGCAGUGUACUCUCAGUGUAUCUGAGUGUGUGUGGCUGCGUCAAGCAGUGUACUGCCUGAAUCUCUAA